AUGCCAAAACUCACACUACAUGAUCUCCUCCUAACCUUGCCUGCACUUAUCAACCUCACACUUCUUGCAGCUACCUCUUUUCUCCAUCAAUUCAUAGAGCUCUUUCAAAAUUACAGAGCAAAUUCCAACCAUCGAGAUUAUGUUGAAGAAGCAGAAGAGAAUCGCCCAUCACCUUCAAUGGUUCCCGUACCAUUCAUUAGCCAUGUGGUGUCCAAGUUGAUAAAGAAGAAACUCCCUGUGAUACAAUUCAGGGAGUUCCAAUCAAGAAUGCAAGCGUGCGAUGAUGAAGACUCUGCUUCUUGUGCAAUAUGCUUGAGUUGCAUAGAGAUAGAAGAGGAGAUAAGAUUGUUAGCAAACUGUAGGCAUGUGUAUCACAGAGAAUGCUUGGAUGGUUGGGUGGAGCAUGGUCAUGGAACAUGCCCCUUGUGCAGAACUAAGCUGUUGCCUGCUCAAGCAGCAGAGAUAGAUCCACAGAGGGAGGAGAGGAUUGCCUAUCUUUUCGGUGAGGAUUAUGUGUUCGAUAGUUUCUAG